GCGGUCUCGGAAUCGUCUGCUCCACGGCGCAGAUUUGAAAGGAAAGACGUGUAACCAACUGCUUGUUAUGGAUAUAUCAUCCAAGAAAAUAUCGAGUGCAUCAAAUAGGGAUAUAUGUGCAAAUGUUAAUUUCAGUGACCAAUCGAACUGACGUCUACAUGGAAAAGCGGCAGAGCUGAGGCAACGACACCGACGACCUCCCAUAAAACGACGUUAUUUGAGUCUAUAUUUCUCAUUCAUGAUAAGUUAUUAAGAAUGCAAACCGCGAAUUUUCAAACGUCAUAAACCUCGUCGAUAUGGCUUCGAAGCCCAAACAGCCAAAGUACAAUUUUGGACUUCUUGAAACUCCGGACACCACAGAUCUAUCAAGCUCAAGUGUCAGAAACUCAAAGAGUGAUGGUCAUCAACAAGGUCCAUUGUCAACAACCUGUUUUGGCAGCACCUCAUCCAGGAGUUCCAGUGUGUCAAAGAAUCCCCAAGAGUCCUCUUCCUUUGCCACUCCGGCCAUCCCACAUCACCGCUCAGUUUUCAAGACGCCAGCCUCUAGGACACCAUUCGUCACACCGAGAGCUCCAUCCUCUAAUGCUCGCACACCAGGGUCAAGGAGAACACCAUACAAUACUGGAGGAUCCACAACCACACCGGCUGACCAUAACUCAUCAGUCAUUGUUGCCAUUGUUGAGGGGCCUGGUUUGGCUCGUGGAGAAAUUGGCAUGACAAGUUUGGAUCUGAAGUCACCAGUUCUGAAUCUUUCACAGUUCUCUGAUACACAGACAUAUGUGAAGACCAUGACCAAGCUUGAAAUACUUCAGCCAUUAGAGAUUAUCAUGCCCAACACAGCCUGUGAGACUGGCAAUAUGACCAAACUGUACACCCUCAUCAGUGAUCACUUUCAAAGCUCUACAGUCUCAACUGUGCAGAGAAAAUACUUCAAUGAAACAAAAGGCCUGCAGCAGAUCCGCUACCUUGUCGUUCCAGACCUGAAGACUGUAGAAAUGGAAGUGGCAUCUAAGUAUUACUGUCUAGCAACCACAGCAGCGCUGCUCAAGUACACAGAGUUCAUACAGAACAUCAUGUAUGCUCCAGCCUCACUCAAGGUGAUCUUUAAGGGCAGUGAACAGACCACCAUGAUAGAUGCAUCAACUGCAAAGAACCUGGAGUUGCUUCAGAACAGACGAGAUCCGAAGAGUGAGCAUACACUGUAUGGUGUCCUGAAUCAUACCAAGACGCAUGGUGGGGCCAGGAUGCUCCGCUCCAACAUACUGCAGCCCCCAUCAGAUUUUGAAACAAUACACACCAGACAGGAUAUUGUGGCAGAGCUGACUGAAAAGGAGGAGAUAUUUCUGAACCUGCAGUCUGUGGUCAGUCGCUUCUUGGAUGUAGAUCACCUCAUCUCUCUGUGUGUCCAGCUGCCCAAACAGGAGACACUAAAAACUGCCGAGUCAAAGAUCACUAACAUCAUCCACCUGAAACACACACUGGAGCUGGUGUCACCUCUCAUGGAGUUCCUCAAGGACUGUGAAAAUGACUUGCUUAAAGCAUACUGCAAGUCUCUGGAGGAUCCUCGUUUUGAGGCAAUCAUGUCAAAGAUCCACACUGUGAUUCAUGAAGACACAAAGUACGAGAAAGGAACACUCAACAUGAGGACACAGAAAUGUUUUGCUGUCAAGCCAAAUCUUAAUGGUUUGUUGGAUGUUGGUCGAAGGACGUACACUGAAAUUGUGGAUGACAUUGCAGAAAUGGUGAAGCAGAUUGGUGAGAAAUACAGCCUCCCAUUACGGACAGCAUACAACACAGUGCGCGGGUUCUACAUCCAACUGUACUGUGGAGGGAAGGAGGCUUACACACAGGAGACACUGCCAGGAAUCUUCAUCAAGAUCACCAAGUGCAAGAGCACUCUCAGCUUCACCACGUCAGACUUGAUCAAACUGAAUGAUCGUAUCAAAGAAUCCCUACAAGAGAUUUAUCUCAUGACAAACAUUGUUGUGUCUGAUCUCCUAAGAGACAUUCGAGAGCAUAUUGGCUGCUUGUACAAGCUGUCGGAAUGUGUUUCAAACUUGGAUAUGAUGCUUGCAUUUGCCAAGGCCUGCAGUCUUUCCUCAUAUGUGAGACCAGAAUUUACAGACACAUUAGCAAUCAAACAGGGCCGUCAUCCCAUUCUAGAAAACAUUGGAGUAGAAGCCCCAGUACCUAACAAUACUUAUGCUUCUGAAGACAGCAACUUUAUCAUCAUCACAGGCCCAAACAUGAGUGGAAAGUCGACCUACAUUCGUCAAGUGGCUCUUCUGCAGAUCAUGGCACAGAUUGGGUCGUUUGUUCCAGCACAGUAUGCAUCCUUCCGGAUUGCCAGUCAGAUCUUCUCCCGUAUCGGCAGUGAUGAUGACAUGGAAACAAACUCAUCAACGUUUAUGUUGGAGAUGAAGGAGAUCAACUACAUCUGUCAGAAUGCCUGUAAUGACAGUCUUAUUAUCAUUGAUGAACUUGGAAGAGGCACCAGUGCUGAAGAGGGUGUUGGAAUCUGCCAUGCUAUUUGUGAAUAUCUGCUCAAGUUCAAGGCGUAUUCAUUCUUUGUGACACAUUUCAUGGAGCUGACCAAUAUGGAUAGUCUAUAUCCAAAUGUGGAGAACUAUUUCUUCGAGGUUCAGCGUGUGUUCAGCACAGAGGGUAACUGUGAGAAGAUAAACUACACCCAUGUGCUGUCAAGAGGGAAAACACAGGAGAAACAUUAUGGGCUUCAGCUUGCAGAGGUGUCCACAAUGCCAAGAACAGUGAUAGACGAAGCAAAAACACUGGCCAAACAACUCGAGGAACAGCAGAGGAAAAACAGGACAGGAGAUUCAGAAUCUAGGAAACAGCGAAUGAAUUUCAAACUAGCAACUAAGUUGGUUCAGGUAGCAAAGAAUUCUCGACUUGAUGAUGAAAGUUUAAGGCUGUAUCUGAGCAACCUGAGAUCCCAAUACACCAAAGAGUUCACUGACACUGAAGAAUAAGCUGCUGACAGUCUGAAGACAAACAAUAAUUGUAUCGCAAAUGUGCUCACAAUACUCUCAUACCCUUCACUCAACUGAGAAAUAUUUGCCUACCAUGGAAGAAGCUGUUGUUUCACAUUCAUUAUGGAGCAGUGGUUUAACCUAGUUCCUUAGUUGUAUUGAAGGCCAGGGUUCAUUCUCUACAAGAGCACAAUGUGCAAAGCUGUUUUCUGAUGUUCCCUCUGUGAUACUACUGGAAUAUUGGGUGCAAUGGGUGAAAUUUUCCCAAAACAACAUAAAACUAUACUCAAUCACUCACUUACUCAUAAAUCCUUUGAAACUUUGAUUCAAAUGAAUCAAACAAGCAGUGUUAUUUAAAGAAAGUUACAUGUUGUAAAUUAAGACUGAUAUAUCGUUACUUUAUAUAGCUUCAAUGGCAGGCUUUAUCCUAGUGUAUACUUGAAAAGUAACAUGGAUUAUGCCCAUCUUACGUUAAUUGCUGUGCAUACUUGACAUUGCCAAACUGCUGAUGCUAUGUCAAACACCUGCUCAUUCAGUCGCUUACACUCUCUUACUUAUAUUGAUAAAUGUAAAUGGCUUCCUUUGCUUCACUUUCAUAUAUUCAUUAACUAAAAUGAAUCAUGUGGUUAGAAUGUGACAAUUAAAUCAGUUGCAUAUAUUUCUUUUAGCAAGACACCAUAUUCAGGUUUUGCUUGAAGUUUCAAAGAAACAUGCAUCAAGUAAAGAAAACUUAAAAAUAUGUUGAAAAAAAUGAAGAAAAAUAUUUUGAGCAAAGAUAGCCUUUGGUUGUUGUAUUUGGAUGGAAAACACAGCAAAAACACAUACUGCAAGUUUUCCAAGUUCGUCUGGCAAACCUACACUGAUCUGUGAGAAGAGAAAAUGCUUGUCCCCUUCCUUGUAUAAAGCCCAGUUUGGCUCUCUCCCUUUCAGGCAAAUACAUCCAAGCUAGUGGAUUACCUGCUGGGGAUUAGCAUUGACUGGUAAAACCAUUUCGACAUUUUGGGUUGUGUCAUAUGUGAAUGUUAGACUGUCAACCUUGAUGAAACAAAAUGUGUGAAAAAAGAAUAGUUUGGCAAGAUGUCAUAUAUCACAUCCCGUGGAAAAAGAAAGAAUGUAUCCUGUAUGUAGAUGAUAAAAAUGUAGAUAAAAA